GAGAGACAGUGUUGGUGUAUGUGUGUAAUGUAACAGAGAGUCACAGAGGUGAUAGAUAAAACAAGAUAUAGAGUCCCACUGACAGACCGCAUCUUCUGGAUUCGAAUAAUCAGGGUCCAGCCCAAUACCUGGAUUCUGAGUCAUCUGAAGAAUUAUUAAGGACAAUUAUUACUAACAUUUCAGUACAUUUGGAAGGAUUUCUCCAGCUGAAGAUGGUUCAACCCUGGGGAGAAAUGUUUUUAACCUAAAACGAACAAGCGGUGACAUUAACAAAGGAAAUUGUUCAAACCUUAUCAGGAUAUCAGGACUUUAUCUGCACAUCACCCUGAAUUUUUGAUCUGAGGGGCGUGGCCGGCAGCAGUCGAUCCAGUCGUCCAAUCGUGGGGAAGAUGUUGGUGAGGGGGCGGGAGCUCUCUCUGGGGGGUGUGGCUCUCCUGCUCUGGCUGUGCUGUGGGGUGGGCGGGAUCGAAGUACCGCUGGACCCAAGAAUCCAACAAGAGAUUAAACAGCCUCCAACCAUCACGAAGCAGUCAGUGAAGCACUACAUCGUGGACCCCAGAGACAAUAUCAUUAUCGAGUGUGAAGCCAAGGGGAACCCCAUACCCAGUUUCUCGUGGGCACGGAACGGGAAGGUCUUCAAUGUGGCGAAGGACCCGCGGGUCUCGAUGCGGCACCGCGCCGGCACGCUGGAGAUCGGCUUCCGCAGCGGGGGGCGGCCGGAGGAGUACGAGGGGGAGUACCAGUGCUUCGCCCGGAACGAGUACGGCACUGCGCUGUCCAGCAAGAUCCUGCUGCGGGUCUCCAAGUCUCCUCUGUGGCCCAAAGAGAAUCUGGAGCCUCGGGAGGUGACUGAGGGCUCUCCCAUCAUCCUGCCCUGCAACCCUCCCCCUGGACUGCCUCCCCCCCUCAUCUUCUGGAUGAACAGCGCUAUGAUGCCAAUUGUUCAGGACAAGCGGGUCUCCAUGGGGCUGAACGGGGAUCUCUACUUCUCCAAUGUGAUGGCCAAGGACGGGCUGACAGACUACAGCUGCAACGCCCGCUUCCAGUUCACACACACUAUCCAGCAGAAGAACCCUUUCUCCCUCAAAGUGAUCACCAAGGAACCCCAUAACGAUACGUCCUCUCUGAACCACACUGACUAUUACAGUGCUCGCGGAGUUCCGGAGACCGCGCCUGCCUUUCUCUCUCCCACGGGAACAGCGAGCUCCAAGACGGUGCUGCGCGGAGAGGAUCUGCUUCUGGAGUGUAUUGCCUCGGGAGUGCCCACCCCCGAUAUCAAGUGGUUUAAGAGGGGGGGGGAUCUCCCCGCCCUGAAGACGAAGCUUGAGAACUUCAACAAGACUCUGCGCAUCACCGGGGUAUCGGAGGAGGACUCGGGGGAGUACUUCUGUCUCGCCAACAACAAGAUGGGGGGGACCCGCCACGUGGUGGCUGUCACAGUGCAAGCUGCCCCCUACUGGCUGAAUAAGCCCACUAACCUCGUCCUGGCCCCUGAAGAAGAUGGGAGGCUGGUAUGUCGAGCCAAUGGGAACCCCAAACCCACCAUCCAGUGGCUGGUCAACGGAGAGGCCAUAGAGAAUGCCUCCCCAAACCCGAGCCGCAAGGUUUCCGGUGACACCAUCGUCUUCCGUUCGGUGCAGAUAGGCGGCAGCGCUGUGUACCAGUGCAUCGCCUCCAACAAGCAUGGCUACCUGCUGGCUAACGCCUUUGUUAAUGUACUGGACAUGCCGCCGCGUAUGCUGGCCCCGUGGAACCAGCUUAUCAAGGUGAUCGAGAACAACCGCACCCUCCUCGACUGCCCCUACUUUGGCUCUCCUCUGCCCACGCUGCGCUGGUUUAAGAACGGACAGGGCAGUAACCUGGACGGGGGGCAGUACCGCGUCUACGACAACGGAACUCUGGAGAUCAAGCGUGCUCGCAAGGAGGACCAGGGCACCUACACCUGCGUGGCGACAAACAUCCUGGGCAAGGCCGAGAACCAGGUCCGCCUCGAGGUCAAAGAGCCCACUCGGAUCAUCCGAGCCCCGGAAGAUCUGAUUGCGAAGCAAGGCACGCCGGCCCGAUUCGACUGCCGCAUCAAGCACGACCCUACCAUGCGCCUCACCGUCACCUGGCUCAAAGAUGACAAAGCGCUGACCAUGGGCUGGAGAGGUUUUGUACGGACUGUAGGAAAGUGGUUGAAGGAGGUGGAGGGAAUGUUCUAUCCCAGGGUGAAGAAAGACGAGGAAUCAAUGACCAUCCGAAAUGUGAAUGAGAACGACGAGGGUCUGUACACCUGUGUGGUGAGCACUGAGCUGGAUGAAGACUCUGCCACAGCGCGCCUCACUGUCCUGGCUUCAACCUUAACCUCUACCAGCCGUACUGGAAUAAUUCCAGACCGCCCAGACCCCCCUGUGGACCUGGAGCUGACGGACCCUUCAGAGAAGAGCGUGAGGCUCACCUGGAUACCCCAGGAUGAUAACCACAGUCCAAUUACAGAGUUCCUCGUUCAGUAUGAAGAGGACCGAUGGGAGAGAGGGAAGUGGCACAAUCUCUCCAGUUACCCCGGCAACCUCAACUCCGUCAUCCUGCAGCUCUCUCCCUACGUCAACUACCAGUUCCGCGUCCUGGCUAUCAAUGAGAUCGGAGCCAGCAACCCCAGCCGGCCGUCCGAGCGCUACCAGACCAACGGGGCCCCUCCAGAGUUGAUUCCCCAGGGGAUUCGCGGUAAGGGGUCCAAGAAGACGAACAUGGAGAUCACCUGGGAGAUGGUUCCGGGGAUGGAUCACAACGGGCCUAACUUUCGCUACGUGGUGUGGUGGCGGCGGAGGGACUCCCGUGAGGAGUGGAAGAACAUCACGACCACGUACCUGAAGUACGUCGUGACCGACACCGACACCUACAUCCCCUAUGAGAUCAGAGUGCAGGCACAGAACGACUUCGGGCUGGGCCCUGAGGGCCCCAUAGUGAUCGGCUAUUCAGGGGAGGACUACCCCAGGGCAGCUCCCAGCAACUUACGGGUCAGGCCAUCCGCUACCAAGACCGUGGUGUACUGGAGCCACGUCUCAGCAGAGAGCGUGCAAGGGGAGCUGAAGGAAUACAAGGUGUAUUACACGCGGGAGAGCAGCCAGCUCAGGGGACUCAGUGUGUCUCGGGUCAAGAAAUCGACCAGCUUUACCUCCUGGACGUCCAGGCCCUCGGGCGUGGUGUCCGGUCUCAUCCCCUACAGCAACUACAAGCUGUACAUGGUGGCGGUAAACGGCAGGGGGGAGGGGCCUCCCUCCGUCACGGUGGACUUCCAGACCCCCGAGGGAGUGCCUGCUGUCCCGAAAUACUUACGAAUUCAGCAGAGGAACGUGGACGCCAUAUACCUGGACUGGGACCACCCAGUGGAGCCUAACGGCAUCAUCACAGGAUACCUCCUCAAGUACCAGACUGUGAAUGGGUCUCGGACUGGCAAGAUGAUAACAGAGAACCUCUCUGCCAACACCACAAGUUACACGCUGCGACUGAGUGACCGCUACACGCGAUACAAGUUCUACCUGAGCGCCCGGACGCAAGUGGGUACGGGAGAGGUGUACAUCGAGGAGUCUCCCGACUUUGCCAACGAAGUGAAUGCCAGCUCAGUUGUUCCGUCGCUACCACCCACCCCAACGGUUUUGGUAACCUCUGAUACCUCUCCCAGCACCACGGUCACAACUACUACUACUGCUACUACUGCUGCUCCCUCUCCCACUACAACUCCCACUACUACUACUGUCGCCAUGACAACUACAACCAAGAGUCCUUUGUCAGCUAUCACUCACAUUCAAAUGCGUGAAACCCCUGUGAGCAGACAGAUCUGGAACCUGACGGUCUCUCCGAACAGUAACUAUGUUAACAUCAGCUGGACUCACAACUUCCUUCCAGACACCACCGAGUUUGUCAUUGAGUACACUGACAGUAACAAGACAGUGAAAAGCGUGACGGUCAAACACGAGACCCCCGUCAAGCUGGCCGGGCUGGCGGAGGGGGCCAAGUACAGUGUGCGGGUUUACUCUCGAGAGUACGACUUCAUCAGCAGCAAGACCGUCCCCUUUGAGACCAGCGCAGCUUACACCAAGGACCAGGUGGACAUCGCCACCCAGGGCUGGUUCAUCGGGCUGAUGUGCGCCAUCGCCCUGCUGGUGCUGAUCCUCCUCAUCGUCUGCUUCAUAAAGAGGAGCCGCGGGGGCAAGUACCCAGUGCGGGACAAAAAGGACCUUCCUUUAGAUCCCAUGGAGCGUAAGGACCAGGAUGGGUCUUUCGAUUACCGGUCUCUUGAAAGGUUAAACGGUGUUACCACACUUCCUUAUAUUAAACGCGAUGAGGAUAACAAGCCCCUGCAGGGCAGCCAGACCUCUCUGGAAGGGACUAUCAAGCAGCAGGAGAGCGACGACAGCCUGGUGGACUACGGGGAAGGCGGGGAUGGCCAGUUCAACGAGGACGGCUCCUUCAUCGGCCAGUACACCGUCAAGAAGGACAAGGAGGAAACUGAGGGCAACGAGAGCUCCGAGGCCACGUCUCCUGUCAAUGCCAUCUACUCGCUGGCGUAACCCUGCCAUGGGGGGUGGUGGGGGGGUGCUGCUGACUGACACAAGGGCGCCAAGAACCAAGAACCAAGAACACCACGCUGGGAUACGCCACGGUUUAUAGAAUAGGAGCAGGUUAGGAAACUGCACCCAGCGUCCACCAUCUUGGAUCCAGCUGGUCUACAGUUACAGCAGGAUGGUGACUCCAAGUUGGAGCCACAAUGGCACCAGUUUCCUAACCCUACUACUCUAUAAACCAUAGUACAGGCAGAAGUGGGAGAGUACAAAGGAAGUCCAAGUAGCAAUGGUCAGCGAUGAGAGCGAGAGGAGACACAGUGAUAGGGUUAUUCAGAAAGAGAAUCCUGCUCCAGGUCUUUGUUCAAAUCAGGCCUGUACAUACAUAUAUAAGCUUAUUGACGUGCCAUUUCCAUUGCAUAGCAGCACCCGUCAGAUACCAGAGCAGCUCUGAUGAUUUUAUCAUAUUGAUAUCAAUAGUGCGUAUAUGUUUGUCUUGUUGUCUGGUGUGUAUAAAGUGAUUAAUACAAAGUUAUCUGGCCUUCUAUAUAUGUGGCUCUGCCUGCUGUAUAAUGUGCUAUACUACAGGUGGGAUCUCCGCAGUUAAAAGAUCUGAGUCAUGUGACUUUCUGUAAUGGGAAAAUCAAAGACAAGGCACCGGAAGCUAUAGCCAGCUAUAAAAACAUCACACAGAAUGAUAGCAAACUUUUAAACAUAAAAAAAUGAGGGUUGGGGAAAAAAGCUAUUUACUCUGCAAAGUAGAUUUACUAUAGAACAUCUAGUCUUUGUUGUGCAAUGGACAACCAUGCAGGUUCAAAAACAGCAUGGAGAACCCAGUUGGAAGGAAAACCUGAACUAUAAUGCCCCCGGUUGGGUGGUAUUUUUGCAAUGGCUGGAGAUCAGAAGCUUGGUGUUCUCUCAAAGAGAAGGCUGCCCACGUGUUCAGUUUUAAGAUCCUGCUCCAUUGUUUCUUUUCUGAUUUUAUUUUUAUUGUAUCCAGCGCAACCCCAUCCCUGCUCCAGCUCACCCAUCCCUUCUCCAGCGACUCCCUGCUUCAGAAGCCAAUGAGGCGACUCGGAUCGGCCUCACGGGAACGAGAGGCAGUGGCUCACCCACCACUGACUGAACCGAGGGAGAGAAAACGUGACAGACCCUCUUCCUCUCCCCUCCCCACCACCAUCAUUCUGCGUAUCUUACUCCUAGAGAAAUAUCAAAGCAUACAACAGUAAACGCUCAAAACACACACUACUUUACAAAACCAACAAAACUGCCAAACGAAAACGCCUGCAACAUGUCGAAAGAAAAAAACUCUUAAAACGAUGAGAGACCAAAAAAAAAGGGUCAGCAGGAGAGACCCGCAAAGAAGACACAGUGAAGCAGAAGUCGACACAGCCACCCCCCCCCCCAGCCAUUUCUUUUAACAGCUGAUGCACCCAACCAAGCAGCUUGGAUAUCGACAUCAGCCCUUGUUCCCAGCGGGACCCAGUCUUUCUUUUUGCCUUUUUCUUUCUGCGAAGACCGAAACCCCUUUGACCUCUGUGCCCCCUUGCACAUUCACUGACCCCUGUAAAAUGACUAAUCUCCUGUUGUCAUUAUUCUGUAAAAAUGGUACACCGCUUGGUCUAGUAGUUUAUAUGCAGCCUUGGCAAACCUUUGUUUGAGUGGUCCUGGACAGACUAUUGCUUGUGUGUGUGUGUGUCUCAGUGUGUGUGUGUGCGUGCGUGCGUGUGUGUGUGGCAGAAGGUGCUUUAAGUCUUAUUUAUGUUGGCCAUUCAUGAAACCCAGAACUUAAAAUGAAGAUCCAAAGAGCAUGACAUCUCAACUCUCGGAUAAAAGAGGAUUUUUGUUCUCCCAUAUUUGGGAUGUUGCCGGCUGAGUGGAAGGACUGAAGGACACUGUAUUUUGAGUUUGUGAAAUAUGUAAAAGAUGCUGAUGUUCAUUCAGUUGUUUUGGAUUAUUGUUGUUUUUUUGUUGUUCAUAUCAUGCAUUGAAACACAAAUAGGGGUGUGCCAUUCCAGUGUGUUUACAUGUCGAUUAACAGAAGGGUAGAGCGGAGGGACUGGGGUGUUGUCUGACCAUGUGGCUCGAGCUGAAGGACUGGGAGGCAGAGUGGGCUUGUAGUUAGAGCUGUAGUUUUUAAAAUCAAUUCCCAAUUCGACUUGUUAUUUUAGAGACACAAUAAUAAUUGUUUGCGAUUGCUCAACGGCUUUCAUUUGAAGCUAGUUUAAUUGAUGAACAGUGACUUCCAUUUACAUAAUUUGUUGCCACUGUGAGAAGUUCAUUUUAACAGAAUACUGCUAAUUGCAAUUUUGAGCAAUGAUGUGUUGGAAUUGAUUAAAAGGAAAUUGAUUUGAAAAAGGAACUGGAAUUGAAAAACAGGAAUUGACCCCAACCCUGGUAGACAUCAGCCAUUCAUAUAUUUUUAUAGGUGAAGACUUUGUCAAUUAGUCUUCAAACUUCCCAAUAUAUAUAUAUAUAUAUAUAUAACCAGGUUACUGGUUGGCACACCUCUAGAAAAUGUUUUUCUUUUUGAAUAACCUAAUGUCUUAAUUGAAUAUGUAUUGUUAUUAUAAUUAUUUUGAUUAUUCUUACUAUAUUUGUUGUUAUUAUUUAACAUGUGAAUUAUGACAUAUCUUUAUUUAACCUGUUGGGAAUUAUAUUGUAUGUAUUUGUAUUUAAUUAUUUUUUAAAUGUAAUUUUGCAUAAAUCAUAUGGUAUGGUUGGAUGCCGCUACUAUGGACAGGGUUAGGAAUGUUUAUUUCUAUAUCUUUGACACAAAACCAGAUUAUUAAUAUAUAUAUAUAUAUAUGUAUCUAUGUAUGUAUGGGACACCGCAAUUACUCUGCAAGCAAGCUCUUAAACAGCAUUUUGUUAACAGCGAAAGCCUUUUGUGUUCUGUAAGAUAAGUGAUUCUGCUGUUGAAACCGAGAUGGAUGUUCCACAUGUUAGAAGCCGUGGCUUCAGUGUAUUGAUAAUAAGAAAUUUAUGUUACAUUUAUGUUUGUUCGUUUUUUGGAGGAAUUAGGGCUCUGCUUCCCUCCCUUAAUCCUGUAAGCAACCCAGAGCUACAGCAAAGUGCAAAUUAAUUUAUUUUAACGUGUUUGUUUAUUUUCUAGCACUGACAGAUUUUUGUUCUUGGUAAGUUGACCUAAUGCAUCACUUUAGUUUGGUGUAAUGUGUGUAAAUCAGCCUAUUUUAAUAUAACUCUGGGGUGAUUUGCGUUAGUUGAGUGUGCUCUCCCUAAUGCAGGGGGAGGAUUUAUAAGGGGGGGGCAGCAUACGAUACAUUAAAAAAUGUAUUAAAAAUGUAAACUCGAGUCAAUCAGAAAUCAAUAUGCAUACAGUGGGGAAUCUGAACUCAUCUAUUAUUUAAAUGCACUCAAUACACUCUCCCCCAUUCCCUGUGGGAUUUGUAAAUAUUAAUGAGUACUAUAACAGCCAUCACAGGGGCCAGCCUCAUGCCUGGAGUACAUCGGAUAUCCCCACUGGAAACUAUUAAGCCUUCCCAUCCAUUUAUACCACUGAAAACCAAAAAAAGCCAUGACGUCUUUCUUUUUCUAAUCAGGGAUUCAAGUUACACAGAGGUGAUGUCAUCAUAAAGCAACUCUCCCUCUCAUAUCUAAACCAUAUCAUAUAUUAAAAGCAUACGCACCUGGUAUGCUCAAUAGGGCACUGCAACAGUAAGAAAUGCACUUCACAGAGUGUGGAGGGAGUUCAUCUCUAUUCAUGUAUAAUGUUUCGGUUAAUGAGUCUAAAGAGUCGUAUUUAAAAAAAGAAGAUUAUUUUCUGUUUGUUUCGGGAACAUUACCAAGUGCUAUUUCACUACAAACCUUGUUAAUGUGGUCUACAGGGUGCUGAAGCUACCCAUACUGUACGCAAAGAGUCUUCAACAAGGUUUCUCCAGACUUUUUGAUUGGCUUUUGAACUGAGACACCUGCAUAGUGUCUUAUUUUUAUUCACAAUACACUUCAAACUCAUUAAAGAUUCAUCAUAACCUUAUUCUGACUCUAAUUAACAUCAAGGUUAUGAUUUUUGUAAAAACAAAUUGCACGGAUUGACCAGCCAAAAGGAUUUCAAGUUCCAAAUCCCAUUAUGUGGUAUACACUGAACUGAUUAACUUUCUUAGUGACCACAGAUUAGUUUCAGUCACCUUAUUGUGAUACAGUACCAAAAAAUAUAUAUAUAAAAAAAGCAAAACCAUUUACCUUGUAUUUUGUUAAAUGCCCUUGGCUGCUUAGCUCCCACUUUCGACAAUUAUCUAGCAUUCAAGUCUCCAUUUGAAUGCCUGCUAUUGAUUGUAAGCCUAUAUAUACCUUGGGUUUAUGUCCUAACAGGUCUUGGGGAAAUAUUAUGUAUUUUGUAAUCUUAUUUGGAUUUAGGUGCACAGGUUUGAUUUUCUUUAAGAGCGUUCCGGUCUGCAGAGGAAUUGAAUCUUUAACUUGCUGUGUGCUAAUGCUUUGAUUGCACUUGCAUUGUCUAGACUAGAUGUUAUUUCCAUUUUAAAAUUCAUAAAUAAAUGUACCCAAUUUGUAUUUUAUUCUUGAACUUCAGUAUACAUCAAAGUUGCUUCGAAGCAGAUCCAUUAAAAUAAAAAUAAAAAAGAUUAGGAUGUCCAACCCAACAGCCUGACAUUCAGAAAAAGGAAAGGGCCACUUUAUGUGUGCUGUACAUCGUUCAAAUAACUGCUUAGAGAGCACUGGGCUGCAGUGUGGGGGGUAGUGGGUUUGAGUAGCUCAGUGGUUAGAGCACUGGGCUGCAGUGUGGGAGGUAGUGGGUUUGAACAGCUCAGUGGUUAGAGUGCUGGGCUGCAGUGUGGAAGGUAGUGGGUUUGAGUAGCUCUGGUUAGUGCUGGGCUGCAGUGUGGGAGGUAGUGGGUUUGAGCAGCUCAGUGGUUAGAGUGCUGGGCUGCAGUGUGGAAGGUAGUGGGUUUGAGUAGCUCUGGUUAGUGCUGGGCUGCAGAGUGGAAGGUAGUGGGUUUGAGUAGCUCUGUGGUUAGUGCUGGGCUGCAGUGUGGAAGGUAGUGGGUUUGAGUAGCUCAGUGGUUAGAGUGCUGGGCUGCAGAGUGGAAGGUAGUGGGCUUGAGCAGCUCAGUGGUUAGAGUGCUGGGCUGCAGUGUGGAAGGUAGUGGGUUUGAGUGGCUCUGGUUAGUGCUGAGCUGCAGUGUGGGAGGUAGUGGGUUUGAGCAGCUCAGUGGUUAGAGUGCUGGGCUGCAGUGGGAGGUAGUGGGUUUGAGCAGCUCAGUGGUUAGAGUGCUGGGCUGCAGUGGGAGGUAGUGGGUUUGAGCAGCUCAGUGGUUAGAGGGCUGGGCUGCAGAGUGGAAGGUAGUGGGCUUGAGCAGCUCAGUGGUUAGAGUGCUGGGCUGCAGUGUGGAAGGUAGUGGGUUUGAGUGGCUCUGGUUAGUGCUGAGCUGCAGUGUGGGAGGUAGUGGGUUUGAGCAGCUCAGUGGUUAGAGUGCUGGGCUGCAGAGUGGAAGGUAGUGGGUUUGAGUAGCUCUGUGGUUAGUGCUGGGCUGCAGUGUGGAAGGUAGUGGGUUUGAGUAGCUCAGUGGUUAGAGUGCUGGGCUGCAGAGUGGAAGGUAGUGGGCUUGAGUAGCUCAGUGGUUAGAGGGCUACGCUAUAGUGUGGAAAACAGUGGGUUUGAGUAUCUCGGAGUUAAGUGAGCCCGCUAGUAGUAAGAGAUGGCAGGAGAUCCACCAGUCUACACAACAAACUUAUUAGUUAGAUUGCUCCCAAAAAUAUUUUUCUCUCAGGUCCGUCCCCCCACCC